AUGCCAACUCACCUUGAUGAAGUCCGCAGGGCUUGGAAAACCCUCAAUGAGAAUAGCGGUAGAGCUAGCGUGGUGACAUUGAAUGGAGAGCCUGAAUCAUUGCAAGUGGCCCAUAUUGUUGCGGUGGCAAGGCUCUCAGUGGAUGCUGCCUUUUUGCAGUCCGAUCCUAUUGUGGCUCGUAUUCAGGAAAGCAUUGCCACAUUGGACUUGCAUUUGAAUAACGGAGAAGUUAUAUACGGUACAUGGGAAAGAAUUCGACUCUGUUCAUUGGGGGUCAAUACUGGCUGCGGUGGCAAUGCAAACACAAGGACAAGAAAACUUGAGUUGCUCCAGAAAGCCUUCCUACAGCAUCAUCAAUCAGGUGUCCUUCUCUCACUACCUGAAAAUGGGAAUAGUUCGUAUACUAUGCCCCACGACGCUAGUCACCACGCCCUGCCACGAGAGGUUGUGCGCGGUGCUAUGCUUCUGCGAUGCAACUCCCUGCUUCGGGGGCAUUCUGCUGUCAGAAUGGAGGUUAUAGAGCUCUUGAUUCAGGCCCUCAAUUUUGGAAUUACUCCACUCAUCCCUCUUCGAGGUAGUAUUUCGGCCUCUGGAGAUCUAUCACCUCUUGCCUAUCUUGGUGGAUUGAUUGAGGGAAGUCCCGACAUUUUCGUGCAGGUGGCACAGGAAAGCCCCAACAAUGGAAAUCCAGAAAAAGGGGUUGAGGUGAUGUCAGCCGCGAAUGCGCUGCGCCGAGCCAACAUCACACCUCUGACCUUGAGGGCGAAGGAAGGCCUCGGAGUCAUGAACGGAACUGCACCGAGUGCUGCGGCUGCCGCGCUCACGUUGCAUGAUAUCAACAACCUCACUAUUUUGACUCAAGUCCUUACCGCAAUGGCGACAGAGGCACUUCUCGGAUCAAUCGACAAUUAUGAUGACUUCAUCUCGCAGUGCCGGCCACACCCGGGGCAGAUAGAAGUGGCCCGCAAUAUCCGUGGGUUGUUAGCUGGAACUAUGUUGGCUGAGAGGACGAACGUUCAUAGGCAAGGUCUCGCUCAGGAUCGAUACGCUUUGCGUACUGCACCCCAGUGGAUUGGCCCUGUGACCGAGGAUCUCUUACUGGCCAAUCGGCAGAUUACCAUUGAGUUAAAUUCAUCGACCGAUAACCCACUGAUCGAGGUAGCCAGAGAUCGGUUUCAUCAUGGUGGAAAUUUUCAAGCUGCAUCUAUUACGAGCGCCAUGGAAAAGGCUAAAACCGCACUAGUGAUGCUCGGCAGGCUUAUUGUAUCACAGUGCCAGGAGAUCAUCAAUCCCAAUCUCAACAAGGGACUGCCACCUAAUCUCUGUUUUGAUGAUCCUAGUACCUCUUUCACAUGCAAGGGCAUCGACAUCAAUAUGUCGGCCUACUUCUCGGAAUUAGCAUUUUUGAGCAAUUCCGUUGUAAGCCAUGUGCAUGUUGCGGAUAUGAACAACCAAUCAGUCAAUUCGCUGGCUCUGAUCGCAUGCCGAUAUGUUAAGGAAGGUGUCGACAUUGUGACCAUGAUGUGUGCAGCCCAUCUCUACGUUCUGUGCCAAGCACUUGAUCUACGAGCCAUGACUCUGGACUUCUUUGCCACUGCAAAGGUAGCUCUCCGCGACCUCUACCAAGAGCUAUGGUGUGCUGGGGAAAUUCCCGAUUUUGAUACUCUAUGGGAUGCUAUCACUGAAUCGUGGGAUGCGCAUAAUGACUCGGACGAGAUUGAAACACGGUGCGAGAAAGUUGCAGCGGACUCAGCCCAUUGUGCCGUCGAUCAGAUAACAAUUUCCGAGUCAUCUUUGUCUUUUGAUUCAUUGACAUUAUUUCCCAAAUGGAGGGCUAGGGUUGCAUCUCUUCUGAAGAAGGCGCAUGAGAAAACCCGCCACCAGUUCCUCAGUAACCAAUCGACUCCUCACUAUUUGGCUACAUCGACGAAGGAAAUUUAUCUCUGGGUGCGUCAAACCCUACAUGUUCCUCUACACCAAGGACUUGGGGACCAUCCCGGAGAUAGCGAAAAUGCAAAGGACAACAAGACCAUUGGCACACGAGUUUCAGUGAUAUAUACUGCCAUUCGCGAUGGAAAAUUGAUGGAACCACUGCAGAGGGCAACCAGCAUGACACUCUAA